AUGCGUCUCACCGCGGGCAAGAUUUACUUUUGGGGCUCAGUGGCCAUCAUCUUCCUCACUGCAUGGAAUCGUCACUCCACCGCCCAGCUGCGCACCGUUGUGGAUAGCUUGAAGGAGGAGCGGAUGCGUGAGGCGGAGCGGCUGCGCCAGCAUCAACUCGGCGGCCAAGGCGGGGUCAGCGGUACCCCCAUGGCGACUUCCGUGUCGUCGAUGCCGAAACAUUUCAAUCCGUAUUACAAGCAACAGGAGAUCGAGAACGCCUCCACGGAUAAGUAA